UUUCUUUCUGGAGCCGAGCGGAACUGGCAAGUGUCACUGGAGGUGUAAUUGCUAACAAUUCUUCAUUGCACAGACGUAGGCGUAGCUCUCACCCUCUAAACUUAGUAUUCACGAGAACACGCUGAGCGCAGUUUUUUGGGCUCUUUGUCUAUAGGAAGCAAAAAAUAAUGGUGUUACCUUGCGCAGCAUCAACACCAGGAAGGUCGCAACCAAUGCAGCUGGUGUUGUUGGCAUGCUUGGCGGUGUUUGUCCACCGCUCCGUGGCUCACGGCAAUCUCCGGCACGGCAGUACCACCAGCGUGGCGCUGGAGGCGUCCGGCGAGAGCUCCUCCGAGGAUGCAGCCAGGAUGUCGAAGGAGAAGGAAGCGGAACUCGCCUUGGUGAAGACCCUUGUCGGCAUCAGUGAGCCGCGAAUGGCCCAAGGAAUCAACUCCCCCUUCGGCGCUGUACUGCCCCCAUUCGCGGGGGCCCUGGUUCACAAUGCGUUGCAGCCGGCAAUCAGUGAUGCGGGUUACGUGAUGUGGGAGCGAGAAUUACACCAGGAACUGGAAGGGAUGGAAAAAAAUAACCGCUUGUGGAACGCGCAAGCGAUCGCGGAUUGGCGGGAGGGUAAGGCGGUUGCCAGGCUUGUGCCGGACGUGGAAUUUUACUGGGACUUUCCCGGUCAUAGAGUGGAGUACUUGCACUCUUUGGUGACCUUGUUGCAAACAAAACUCGACAUCCACCGCAAAUCCGGACCACCCGCUUUCCUGGUGUACCUGCUCGGCGACAGCUCUCUCGACAACAAGCACUGGCUGUACCCCAACGAUUGGAGUAAGCCGGACUUCUUUUUGAACAAGAACAAACUCGACUUGACAAACACCGCCUUUACCGCCCCCGCGUGCAACCGCUACGAGCAGGUGCUCAGCCAACCAGCGCGAAGCGUGCAGGAUGUGUGUUACUGGCUGAACCGCCGGGCCGCGGACCAUGGUGCGCAGCUUUUGGAAACCGAGCCGACAUCCGUAUUUUUGCACACGCCGCAUCUCUACUUCGUCAACGCCGCGGUGGAGGCGUCCACCCUCGCCAUGUGCCACAGCACUUUGCUGCCCCAGGACCAGGUUGUCGCGGACCGCGUGACGCCGGACGACGUUCUCGUCGUUUCUGUGGGUCACAACGACAUGGCUUUUUACCGCACCCGCGACGUCGAGCACGUGCUGAAACACGGCACCACCGACGACAAGGUGGCACGGAUGGCGGUCGAGCUUUUUCACGAUGUGUACAAACGCAAUUUAGAAGCCUAUCUGAACAAGGUUUUGGACGGAAAGCGAUGCAAGCUUCUCGUCGUUUGUAUGUUGUACAACCUCGAUGAGAACGACAACCAAGACGACGACUGGAGCCUUUUGAAUGGCGUCGAACCGAUGUACGCAAAAAUCGGGUUCCGCAAAAAUCCGGAGCUCAAGCGCCGUUUCAAGGUCGCGCUGCACGCCGUCUUUGAAGCCUUGAUCUCGAAGGUGCAGGUGGCGAACGAGGACAAAGUGGUUCCGCUGGAGCUGUCGAGAGCGCUCGACGGAACGGAUACAACCAUGUACGAACUUAUGAAAGCGAAAUCUUGCGUCACAGUCACAUCCGAGACGUUUUGCAAGGCGUUUGGCCUUACAAAACGCCUCUGGUGUGGCUGUGACGCAAGAUUUCGCUUUCAUAGAACUGCGGAACGAGCCCAGCGUCCUGGGCGGCAAGGCGAUGUCCAGCUUGAUCUUUGAUACCAUCAUGGAAAACUUGUAAGUGUCAUCGUAGAAGAAAUCGAUGCGACUGGAAGAUACCGCAGCACAAGUUUUAGGGUAGCUGUUGAAUCAGUAGAAAGUUGUCUCCAAGAUGAACAAUGAAUGUAGUACGCGGCCGUGGCUAUAAGCAAGACGCACAACCCUGACUAUGUAAAUGUAUCCCGACAAGCUGCUCCAGCUUAAGCAAUUUUUUAAAAGUGCGGAACUUGUGCUCGUUGCAAGGAAACUAUGUUUGUGUAUGAUGGACGAGAAAUGAAAAAAAGAACAUCAAAACAGACCCACAUCCUCUUCAAUCACACCUGAUACAGAUGAAAUCAACCUAGAAUGUGAAUGUGAAUGUGUAUUGUCAAAGAUUGUGUGGCAGAAGCAGAAUUUCAUCCAUCUAUUGCAAUUCACUUGGCAAUAAAGGCAAAAGCAGAAU